UGGCUGCUGCCCCUUUAAGAGAACAGGUGUGUCCUUCACAGGUAAGAGUGAGGAAACAGGAAGUGGCCUCACUCGUCAGUAAACAUGAAACUUAAAGCACAAACAUGAACAUGAGGGACGAGGGGAAAUACUCAGAGCGGCCUGACUGACGACAUGAGACAACCUCUGCUCCUCAUCACGCUGUCACUGGCAGUCCUCCUCUCUGCGGAUGUGCUGGCUCAGGGCCUGGUGCAGAUCCAGUUCCAGACGGACCCGGUGCUGGUUCAGACCGGCACUGAGAUAGUGUUCACGGUGCUGACGGUGCCUCAGGUCCUGUCCAUCACAUGGGAGUACCAAGGAGGCCUGGCUCUGGGUCUGUGGACCGGAUCUGCUCCUGUGCUCAACCCGGUGCCCCAGUUCCUGGGCAGGAUCACCAUCACUGCCACCCAGCUGAGGAUCGGAGCUGCCGAGCUCCGAGAUGCUGGGAACUACACGGUGCUCGUGAUCCCCUCUGCCACCACAGGCCAGGCUCAAAACUCCAGAUCCGUACAGCUGAGGGUGUUUGACCCUGUGGCCGGGGUGAGUCUGUCUGUUCCCUCAGUGGCGAUCGAGGGGAAGAACGUGUCCCUGAGGUGCACGUGGGCCGCGGGCACUGAGGUCACCGUGCAGUGGGGCAAAGGAGGCGCAGCCAUCCCUGCCGACUCCAGGAUCACCAUCUCCGCCGGCUCUCUGGACAUCAGACCGGCCCGGCGGGGCGAUGCCGGGGAGUACACGUGUACCGUCAGCAACCCUGUCAGCGCCCAAACCGCCACGCAGAGCCUCACUGUCUACUAUGGCCCCGACACCCCAGUAGUGACCAAGGACACCCCUAAGGACUGUGUGGGGGGAGGGGACGUGUUGGUGGGACAGACGGUGCGUCUCACCUGUACGUCUGACUCGCUGCCCCCUGCUGGGUUCUCGUGGCAGCGUGACGGACAGGGCGUCGCGUCGGGCCAACCGGACAGCGGGUUACUGAGCCUUCAGACUCUCUCAACCGAUGAGAGCGGCCUCUACGUCUGCACGGCCAAAAACGCCAUCACCGGCGGCUCCUCUGAGAAGGGGACAGACUUGGCCGUCGUAGAAACGUGUCUCGAUGGAGGGGAAGUGGCGGGGAUCGUGAUUGGAUGUUUUCUGCUGAUCCUAAUCAUCGUGCUCCUCAUCGUGCUCAUUGUUUGUGUCAGACGGAAGAGGAGGGAUCAGUUGAGACAAAGGGAUACAGUGUCCGUGCGGACCAACCCAAACCCCAGGCCUCUGCCUCCAGAACCACAACCUAUCGGUGCAAGGGAACUGGGCCAAGACCCCCCCCUCCAUUACGCCAACCCGCUCACACGCCAGCCCGGACGCUCGUACUCAGCCCUGCGGGAAACGCGUGGCAACCUGCAGACAGUGCCGCUGAACAGCCUGCGUAACUCCGACACACACCGACACAAUGGUCAUACCCACACAAAUGGAGUGCAACACAAUGCCAUUCAGAACACCAAUUCAUACCCACACAAUGGCAUUGACAACCCAGCGUUCACGCACAGCGAUGCUCAGAAUGCAAACAUGCUCCCCAACACACAGCAGCAGAACUCUAAUAUUCUCAUCCAGGCGGGCCCUUCCCAGGGCGGCAACCAGCAGCCGGCGGUUCAGGUCAGCCUCAGCACGCUGCCACAGACGGCCCAACACAACGGCAACGCACAAAUGCCCACGAUUCACGUCAAUCUAAACUCGUACCCCACCAACGGCCAACAGCCUCAGCAGGACGCGUCACUUCCCUUUCCCAACACAACUAAUAAUAACACUUCACAAACGCAGCAAAACCCGUCGCAUGCGGGUCAAUCAAAUCCCAGAAUGCAAAAUGGGCAAUCCUAUCCCAGUGACCCCCGACUGAACGGGCACACAGAGGAUUCAGGUCAUCAAGCUCAGCGGGGACUCAUACCGACUGGGUACACACAUCUGAACAAUAAUAAUAUUUCCCGGCAAAAUGCCGACACACAGACGUACGAGGCGGAGCCAGCGCGUCGUGGUCGAUCUGAUAGAAACCCAGGACGACACGAUGCCACUCCCAGCUCCUCUCGUCACCAGAUGCCAUGGGAUCGCGAGCGAGGGACACCUUCCUAUCCCAGCAGCACGCUGCAAAGAAGACAGUUACCCACUGAGUACACCUCGGACAGCACAGACUCCACCACCCAGCCCUCCAUACGAGAGGCGAGGACAGAAAACAGAUCUCGGCCUCGACCUCAGAGCCACGGCACUUCGCGGAGCAGAGGUCCAACCAGUCAAGAGGCUCCAUCAGAGGACAGACGGACGCGGGGCCGUUCAGCUGAUCCUCAAAACGUUCACAGUGUAGCAGAGUUUGUAGCCUUACGCCUCCCACAGAGAAGCCCCCGCACUCAAAGGGAGAGGGAUCCGCGAGAUAUCAGAGGCUCGCCCGCUAGCCAGAUUGCCCCCAGGCAGGAAGCCACACACAGCAAUAGCCCCCAGGCGCUGCCUCACACGAGCCAGCAGGCCUCUGUAGGACACUCUGCCAUGUCACAGGGACCCACAGCACAGCGGGGACUGACUGCACCACAGAGUGCAGAUACGAGAGCUUUGGCUGAUCCUAAUCACCUUCACCAGGCGCACAUGUCCCAGCAGCAGAGAGCAGCGCCGAUCCAAAGCUCACCACAAGGCCUGGGCAUGCAGCCGGUCGCACACGGUGCCAACCAACCUCGCCAAGGAGGCACCGCUCCAGUCCCACACCCUACUGCCCAGCCUAAUCCCACCAACCUAACCCAGGCUGCCCUCACAGCCCACACUGCGAGGGCUCAGACGUUUCAGAAUCGUAAACAACAGACCAUGGCCGCCCUGCUUCACCCGGGACCGCAGACACAAGCUCCUGCUGUUCAGGCUCAUCAUGCACCGAUACCUCCUCCUGUGAUGCCCCUCGCCCAGUUCCAGACACUCCCCAAAGAGCGGACUCAGCACAGAUCCCCCGCCAGAGGUCCCCAGCCCCCCAGACCUCCUGUCAACAUACCGGUGAGUCAACGGCACCUCGAAGAACAAAAGCGUCUGGAUGUGCAGCGCCGCCCCGCCGCCCACCACCAUCACCAUCCAGGAAACGGCCACGUGCAUGCGAGUGCAAACAGGAAUGCCCAUCCUCAUGCCCAUACCCGGGGCCGCGGGCACCCUGCCCACCCCACCAACCCACGACAGCAACAGGCUCACGGAGGGAGACCCAGAUGAUGACAGAUGUCGGCAGACUGCACUCUACGGCGCUUCUACAGUCAGUGACACAAACAAGCAGCUGACAGACAUGAUCCAGUGUACCAGCAAGCAACAGACACUCAACAGGAGCUGUCAUGGUCUGGUGUCUCGGCGCUGGAGCCAUUUUCUUUCUGAAAGAAAUGAAUCUGUCUCCGAUGGGGAUGAUGAAAUUUAACUUUUUUUUUUGUUUCUUAAAAAGAAAUGACAAAUAUCGAGAGGCUUGAUCUGCCCUUUUUAUAUUUUUUUUACUAAAUUAAAUACGUAAAAUGAGUCUGAAGGAUUUUUAUUUAAAUUGUUCCCCAAUUAACAAGACCAGUUCCUGUGUAUGUGGAAACUGGGGAGAGUGGUUGAUCCACGUGUGUUGUACAGUGUUCACAUCUGAUGCACUGGUCAGGCAUCACAUUCGCUCGGAGAAGACAGGUCCAGUGAUCCAUCGCUCCUGACCGAGCUCACAUCCACUCAUCCAUUCAUCACCCAAACUAAACAUCACCUCGACCAAAUUCAAUGGAAGUGCUGUUUCUAUCGGACAGGGGGAAUCGAACAGUGACAGUAAAUGAGAAACGGGACUCCGCUCAACCCCUGGGAACAUCAGAAAAAAGGAAAUGAGCCAGAGGGGUCGUCCUCAUCUACACGGAACUAUUUAUUCACGCGCCUUCUGUUUACAGAUGCCUUGUACUUUACUUCUCAAUUAAGAGGAUUCGCCUCGGUGGCUCUCGGAAGUAAAGCUCAGCUGACUAUGAAGGGGAUCCCACGAAUGGAUGGAGCCUAUUAAUUAAAUGCUUUUAUGUGACUUAAAUGACUUGGAAAAGAAUCACCGCCAGUGCAUGAAUGAGGCGAACACAAAGACCUGGGCUGCCACGCUUUCUGCCGGAGAAGCCCGGUGCUGCAAUCAAGUGUCUGCUCCGGGUCACAGGCAGCACACUAAACAUGAUGGGAUGUCGUUAUCACUUUUACAGAGUACGUACAGUAUUUGCUGUAUCACGUGUUAUGUAUUAAACUCAGGGGUGUACUUGUGGACAUUGAUUGUUUUGGAUUAUUUGCUUCUAUGUGUCAGUAAGUGCCAGCGAAUCACUUUCCAAGGAUCAGGCUGAUGAUAUUUAAGCUUUUUCUUAUUGUCGACAAAUCCCACAACAAAGGAUCGUGUGUGUAUAUUUGUGUAAUUUCAGUCCAAAAACGAAUAAAGACACAUUUAUCAGUCUCACUGUUACACUGGGUGAUCGUGUGCAUCAUCACGAUGAACGUGGUUGGAGCUUAUCACAAAAACAUGAUCAUGCUGAUUAAAUUACAAAUAUUAAAGCCCGUUCUAUACCUGC